GUCACAAGUGUCAGUGUAAGGAAUGAUCAAUUAAAAUUGAAAAUAAAUUAUUUCUUAAUGGAUUUUUUACGUAAAAAUAGGCAAAUGAAUUCGAUUCAAUGGCUAUUUUUGAGCGACAAACCACCAAUAAAGUUUUACUAGAUGAUACGGAACAAAUAAAAUGUACAAUUGAAAAUUGGAAAAACGUCAAUGGUCAUACAGAAUUCAGCAUAAAAGUGUACAGAGGACCUUUUUCGGAUCAAACGUGGAGGAUUAAUAAGCGCUAUAAUGAUUUCUAUAAACUCCAUAAUGUGUUGCAAUCCUCUGGGAUACCUCUGGAGUUGCCUCCAAAGAAACUUAUCGGGAACAUGGAUCCACAUUUCAUCGGUGAAAGACAACAGGGUUUGCAGAAAUAUUUAGACAGCAUCUUCAUGAAUCCAAUAUUAGUUUCGUCUCUUCCAGCAAGAUCAUUUGUUGAUCCUGCUAACUAUUGCCAACCAUUUGGAGAGUUGGCAUUGCAACAUGUUUCGUUGGCACUAAGAGGUGAAGUCGGCUGGGAAGUGAUUGCCCCAGUUAACGAUAUCGGUUGGCGUUUACGCAAACAUUACUAUGAUCUGAAAUGUAAAUCUCAACCGAAGGAAGAAAUAUUCGGAGGCUGGACUGAUUAUGGCCCGGAUAAAUAUUUGGACGACAGAGAAAUGCAUGCUGUGUUCAAGAGUUUGAGCCAAUUACAGCAUCCCUAUAUAUACCCAAUCGAACUAUGCCUGUGUACCGAAACGGGCGCGUUAGUAGCUCGAAUAGCACACAAAAAUGGAACUCUACGGGAUCUAUUGUCGGGAGUAAAACCUCGCCAGUCUUUUUUGAAGAAAUAUGGAAACCCUAAAGGUCACAAAACCCUCUCCGUCGACCAGAUAUCUCUGUAUGGUCGUCAAAUCCUAGAAGCUUUGAAGUUUUUGCAUGAUAAGGGACUUCCAUACGGUCAUCUACAUAGUGGAAACGUAAUCAUUGAUAACGAUAGGGUCAGACUUCUCGAUAUAGAAAACGGAAUAUUGGGCGUGCCUUCCUUUUAUCGACCGUAUUUUAUGCAACACAAAAAAAUUAACAAUAUGGAAGCCGUAGACGUUUACUGUUUCGGACACGUGCUUUACGAAAUGAUGUUUGGAUCUCCGUUGCAUGAAAGCGUGGCCGAUAAUAUGCCAUAUUAUCAGCACACCCAAUUAAAAGACUUAGUAGCCCGAAUCCUGUCGUCUGAAGGUUGCAAAAACGGCCUUCCGACCAUAAACGAUCUCCUCGUUGAUGCGUUCUUUUCUACGACCCAUCUAACUCUUCUGCCCACCGAUAAAGCGCAUUUUAAAGUCCCUACUUCGACGAAGGAACAAAUCAAACUCGCCGUUAAUAAAAUUGAGGACAGAUUGAGGGACGAGCAGAAGAUGGUGAGAAGUCAGAAGAGAUUGGUCAAAGUGCAGGAGAUGAUGAGCUGCGAGGAGGAGAAGAAGAAGCAAGCUAGACAUAAAUUGGAAAGAUUAGCCAAAGAGCAACAUAAACAAAACAAAAGACUGGAGAAAGCAAAUAGUCUUAAUGGAGAAAGAUCUGAGAGCGUCAAUAGUAGCGGUGCGACAUCUAUCGGAACGUUGACACCACCUUCAACGACAGGUUCAAACGUUCCGUCACCUCCGCCGCCGCCGCCCCCACCUCCGCCUGCGCCGCCAUUGGACGGUAUCCCGCCUCCGCCGCCACCCAUCAUCAACGGUUCCAGUCAACCGGCGGCCAACUCAGACAAAGACCGUUCCGAACUCCUCGGAGCAAUUUGCAACUUUAACAAAUCUGCGCUAAGAAAAACCAAAGUCUCUUGAAUUCUUAAACUAAGUAUCAAAAACAGAGCUAGCCAGUUUUGGUUUUUGUGAAAGGUUUGAUCCAGCUCUUGGUAAAGUCUGAAUUUUAUAAGCCGAACGGCAUUUCGUCCAAAUAACGUUGCUGGUUAGUAAAAUUGGAGAAAUUUGGUAAACAAACGUUGAUAGGUACGUCCAUAUGGAAAAUUAUGAUAGAUUGUACAGAAGUGGGAAAUGCAAGAUUGCUGGCUGGGUGAGGCUCGCCACAAUUUUAUAAAUGUAUACUAUACACACAAAAAACAUACAAAGUUUUCCCGUGCCUACUUCUUUUUGCUUCUAAAUCAUAUCUGAGCUACAAUUCGCGGGAUAAUAAAUUAAUUGAGUGUAUCUUUCAAAUAAAAACGUUGUCGAGAAGUUUGAUAGUCUUAUAUAACAAAUAAACUUUUAUGUCAGGCAU